UACUCACUCUCUCUCUCAUCUCUCUCUCUUGUCUUUGUGUUUUCACAUCUUUUUCCUCAUUUUGAUGGUGAUUUCAGAUUUGAUUUAAAAAAAAAAAAACCUAAUUUUUAUUUUUAGUUUUACUGAUUUCUCACGCUUCCACAUCGCACUAUCUUUGUCAGAUUGCUUCCAUUGCAAGUCCCACAUCUCAGAUCCAUUGCAUUGUUAGGGUUUUGGAUCAGAGCUGGUUUUGGCACUAGGUUGAAGAAGGUUGUGUUGUUUUGGUUUAUGCGACAAUGUCAAGGGUCGCGAAAUGGAAAAUCGAGAAAGCUAAAGUAAAAGUGGUAUUUCGGCUGCAAUUUCAUGCGACAAAUAUACCGCAACAUGGCUGGGAAAAAUUAUUUAUAUCUUUUAUUCCUACCGAAACCGGGAAGGCUACCGCAAAGACUAGCAAAGCAAAUGUGAGAGGCGGGUCGUGUAAAUGGGCGGACCCCAUUUAUGAAACUACACGGCUUCUAUUAGAUUCUAAGACCAAACAAUAUGAUGAUAAGCUCUACAAACUUGUCGUAGGAAUGGGUACUUCACGGUCUAGCAUCCUCGGUGAGGCGACGAUCAAUCUUGCUGAUUAUGCCGAUGCAUCACAACCGGCCAUUCUUUCUCUCCCUCUACACGGAUCCGAUCAUGGAACCCUUUUGCAUGUGACAGUUCAGCUGCUAACGGCUAAAACCGGAUUCAGGGAAUUUGAGCAACAGAGGGAUAAAGGCUUGCAAAGUGGCAAUAACGUAAAUAAAGAGACCGAACAUAGUACUGCCAAGUCACCAUCUUCCGAGUUGCAGAUACCCGAUGAUCUGGUUAAUAAGGCGAAAACUCGAAUGCAACUUAGAGAAGAAACAAUCAUACAUGGAGAAUAUUCAGAUUCACAAGUUACGUGUGACGAGUCAUCGAACGCGUCAGACUGUUACUAUGCUGACAAGCAUGAUUCACCAGCCGAAAAAUCGAGCGGUUCAGAACAAGCCAAGCUGGACAAUGACGUGGCAGUUGUUUACGAAGAGAAUAAUCGGCUUAGAGCCAGCUUGGCAGCUGCCGAGUCAUCGAUUUCCGAGCUCAAACAAGAACUAACCACUUUGCAGAGUCAUGCUAAUGAAAUGGGAACCGAAACACAAAAGUUAGCACAAGAACUCACCGUGGAGAUUGCUUCAGGUCAAGAGUUAGUCAAAGAAGUCAACUUUUUGAAAUCGGAAUGUUCGAAGUUCAAAAACGAUCUUCAAAAUUUGAAAGACGUUAAAUCGACCUCGAAGGUUACGGAAAGAAAAUUAGAAGUCAACGGGGUCGUACUUGUGGAAAGUCAGAUUCGGGAAAUCCAAGAAAAGAUUUUAAUGGGUGAGUCCGGUUUAAAUAAUUUACAGUCGGAUUUCGAGGUGCUACUUCGGACCGUUCAAGAUCUUAAAAACGAAACAUUUGGUGUAGUACCAAUUCAAACGCUUCAAGAAUUGGAGACAACAAAGGCCGAAAACGAAAAUCUCGUCAAAAAAAUGGAUCAAAUGGAGUGUUACUACGAGUCGCUUGUGCAUGAGCUAGAAGAAAAUCAGAAACGGAUUUUGGCCGACUGUCAGAACCUUAAAACCGAAAUCAACGAUUUGAGUUCGGUUAACAACGAGCUUCAAAAACGGGUCACGGUUUCCGAAUCAGCACUCAAACGGGCCCGCUUGAACUACUCGAUUGCAGUGAGUCAAUUGCAAAAAGAUCUCGACAUGCUUUCGUUUCAAGUUUUGUCGAUGUUCGAAACGAAUCAAACCGUCAUUAAAGAAGCUUUUGCCGACACUACACAACCGUCGUCUAAACAUCUCUCAAACGACUUGAAGACAUCGUUGAGUUUACAAGAGAAUAUUUACAAAAAAGUCGAAGAAGAGCUCAGUGAAAUGUGUUCCGCAAAUUUACAGUUAAACGUGUACUCUAAAACACUCGAGGAAACGUUAUUUGAAGCUAGUGAUCAUAUAAGAAAAAUGAAUGAAAAGUUACAAACUUUGAACCAAUCUCGAGAUUCUUUAGUUCAAGAAAACGGUUAUUAUCUCGCCAGAUGCAACGAUCUGGAUCUGCAAAACCGAAUGUUGGAAUCGGAUGUCGGAAAUCUUUCGAACGAGAAUUUUCUUUUGAUGGAAAAGAUUACCGAAUGUGAAGCACUGCUCAUGGAUUACCGAGUUUUCAAAGGCAAAUACGAAGUCGUUUCUGCUGAAAAAAUGGAGCUCCAGAAGCUUCUAGAAGUAGAAGUUUCCGAUAAACAGAAUCUUCAAAAGGAAAUAAAAAUCUUAACAUCAGAAAUGGAUGGCGCGAAGAUGAAAUUUAUGAACGGUUUAUAUCAAACGGUGUCGAAAAUGGAAGUCCAAAAGCCGUGUUUUGAGAAGCUUCAGUUGCAAAUUGAUUCCGUCGCUAACAUGUUUCAAAGUAGUUUGGAAUCCGGUGAAAGACACGUGCAGAACAGCGAAGCGAUGUUAAAUAACCUUUCGUCAUUGGAACUCGAGCUGCAAAAGAUAUCGUCCGACGAUAAAAGUUUUCACGAACAAAUUGUUUCCGAGUUGAAAAAAGAGAAUCAAGAAUUGAUGGUUUACGUUGAAAAUAAGCGUGAAGAGCUCGGUAGGCUGCAAGAAUGCUUGGAUGCCGAAAGGGGUACGGUUGCAUGUUUGACGUCUGAACUUGAAAGUCAAAGGUCAGAGCUUGAAUCUUUUAAGUUAAAGUUAGAGGCUUCUAUUGCUCAGAAUGCGGAGAUUUCAAAAUCGAAUGACGCGCUUCUCGAGACAACGUUGGCAAAUGUAAAUAACGAGCAUGCUCUUGAGGUACGUGAGUUGAAAGAUAUGUUGACUAAGUCAAAGGCGGAGGUAGAGCAGUUAAAGGAGCUUCAAACGAAACUUGAAGAUACAGAGUCAAGAUUGAACGGUUGUCUAAAAAACGAAGCUUUUUACAUUGAAGAGAAUAGAAAUUUAGCGACGGAACUUGAAUCUCUUAGAUUGGAGUUACAGGCUUCUGUUGCUAAAAAUGCCGAAAUUUUAGAAUCCAACGCAGAACAUGCGUUUGAGGCGAGUCAACUGAAAGAAAUGUUGACCAAUUCAAAGGAAGAGUUGGCUCGUUAUAUUGACGAGAACAGAAAUUUUGUAACGGAAAUUGAAUCUCUUAGAUCCGAGUUACAGGCUUCUGUUGCUAAAAAUGCCGAAGUUGCAGAAUCUGAAAAGGAGCAUGCUUUGAAGGUUGGUCAACUGCAGGAAAUGUUGACCAAGUCAAAGCAAGAGGUGGCUCGUUAUAUCGAAGAAAACAGAAAUUUAGUGACGGAAAUUGAGUCCCUUAGGAUGGAGUUUCAGACUUCUGUUUCUAGAAAUGUUGAAAUUUCAGAAUCCAAAACGAUGCAUGCUCUAGAGGCGAGUCAACUGAAGGAAAUGUUGACCAAGUCAAAGGAUGAGGUGGGGCGUUAUAUUGAAGAAAAUAGAAAUUUAGCGACGGAAGUUGAGUCUCUUAGGUUGGAGCUACAGGCUUCUGUUGCGGAAAUUUCAGAAUCCAAAACAAUGCAUGCUAACGAGGCGAGUCAACUGAAAGAAAUGUUGACCAAGUCAAAGGAAGAGGUGGCUCGUUAUAUUGAAGAGAACAGAAAUCUAGUGACGGAAAUUGAGUCUCUUAGAUCAGAGUUACAUGCUUCUGUCGCUAAAAAUGCUGAAGUUGCAGAAUCUGAAAACGAGCAUGCUUUGAAAGUUGGUCAACUGAAAGAAAUGUUGACCAAGUCAAAUGAAGAGGUAUCUCGUUAUAUUGAGGAGAACAAAAAUUUAGUAACGGAAAUCGAGUCUCUUAGAUCAGAGUUAAAGGCUUCUGUCGCUAAAAAUGAUGAAAUGGCAGAAUCCAAAAACGGGCAUGCUCUCGAGGUGAGUCAACUGAAAGAAAUGUUGACCAAGUCAACGGAAGAAGUCGCUCGUUAUGUUGAAGAAAACAGAAAUUUAGCAACGGAAGUUGAAUCUCUUGGAUCAGAGUUACAGUCUUAUGUUGCUAAAAAUGCUGAAUUUGCAGAAUCAGAAAACGAGCAUGCUUUAAAGGUUGGUCAACUGAAAGAAAUGUUGACCAAGUCAAAUGAAGAGAACGAAAAGUUAGUAACGGAAAUUGAAUCUCUUAGAUCAGAGUUACAGGCUUCUGUUGUCAAAAAUGCUGAAAUUGCAGAAUCUGAAAACGAGCAUGCUAUGAAGGUUGGUCAACUACAGGAAAUGUUGACCAAGUCAAACGAAGAGGUCGCUCGUUAUGUUGAAGAAAACAGAAAUUUAGCGAUGAAAGUCGAAUCUCUCGGAUCAGAGUUACAGUCUUACGUUGCUGAAAUUGCAGAAUCCGAAAACGAGCAUGCUUUGAAGGUUGGUCAACUGAAAGACAUGUUGACCAAGUCAAACGAAGAGGUCACUCGUUAUAUUGAAGAAAACAGAAAUUUAGCAAUGGAACUAGAAUCGGUCAGAUUGGAGUUACAAGCUUCUAUUGCUAAAAAUGCUGAAGUUUCAGAAUCUAACAUCGAGCUUGCUCUCACGGCAAGUCAACUGAAAGAAAUGUUGACCAAGUCAAACGAAGAGGUGGCUCGUUAUAUUGAAGAAAAGAAAAGUUUAGCAACCGAAGUUGAAUCUCGCAAUGUGAAGUUAGAGGAUUAUAUUGCUCACGCUGCGGAAACCAAACCGACUGAAGUAAAUUACAAGAACGCCCUCGAUGUCGAUGACGUGUUAACUUUCCAGGAAGAAACGGAAAUUACGUUAUUAGUGUUCAAAGCAAAGCUGGAAGAACGAAACGAAGAAUUAAUCACGUUACAGAACCAAUGUGACCAACUUACAAACAAGCUCACCGAACAGAAACUUAAAACCGAAGAAUUCAAGAACUUGUCAAUCUACUUAAAGGAGCUUAAAGAUAGUGCUGACGUGGCACACGAGAAAAAAGAAAAAGACCCGGAAGGCCCAACGGAGUCAUUGAGAAUAGCGUUUAUAAAAGAACAAUAUCAAACGAAAAUUCAAGAACUAAAGCAACAACUGUCGGUUUCCAAACGGCAUAAUGAGGAAAUGUUGUUUAAAUUACAAGAUGCUCUUGACGAAGUUGAAAGUAGGAAGCGAUCGGAAGCUUCACAGUUGCGGAGAAUUCAGGAACUGGAAGUGGAGGGCGAAGUGGUCGUUUCGGAUAAACCGGAUUAUGAUCGGUUACAGGCGGAGUUGGAAUGUGCGGUUUUGAGCCUCGAGUGUUGCAAGGAAGAAAAAGAAAAGCUUGCUGCUUUAUUACGAGAACGCGAGGACGAAAAAUCGAAACUUGCGGAUGAACUUUCUUUGAUUAGAGAACAGAUUGCUCAGAAAGAAGAAAAGGGUUCUGUAAAUCUGCAAGAAAUCCAGGGAGUUACAGACCGCACACUUGAAAACGAAGAAAAUCCGCUGGCCAAUGAUUCAAAACAACUAAUGGUUGUCAACGAUCCGUUCAGAACUCAACAUUUGAUGUCUUGCAUGGAGCAACUAGACGAAGAGUUGGAAAAGAUGAAAAACGAUAAUGCACAUCUUUCGUUGACAAAUUUUGACCCGGGUUUUCAAGAUUUACAACGAGAACUUGGACAACUACACCAGGCCAAUGAAGAGCUAUCGAGCAUAUACCCGAAUUUUGUUGAUUUUCGGGGAAAUGGAAAUGCGUUAGAAAGGGUUCUUGCUUUGGAAAUCGAGCUCGCUGAAGCACUUAGGACAAAAAAGAAAUCAAGCAUUCAAUUCCAAAGUUCUUUUCUCAAACAACAUAGUGACGAGGAGGCCGUGUUCAAGAGCUUUAGGGACAUCAACGAAUUGAUCAAAGACAUGUUGGAAAUCAAAGGAAAAUACGUCAACGUUGAAAAUGAACUUAAGGAAAUGCAUGAUCGAUACUCGCAAUUAAGCUUGCAGUUUGCAGAAGUCGAAGGGGAGAGACAAAAGUUGAUGAUGACGCUCAAGAGCGUGAGAUCUUCAAGGAAUCUGCUUCGUUUAAAUCGCUCGCCUGUGGCCGCAUUAGGAGAUCAAAGUUGAUAAUUUUCAAAAUAUGUCAAAUAUUUUGCUAAAAAUAUCCAGUUUUGUGAAUAAGAAUCUUAUUGUGAGGAGGGAAAGGUUUUAUCUUUUAUGAUGGUGUAAAUAAUAAAAGUUCAUUAGUUGUCAUUGAGUUUAAAUUAUGAGGGGUAGAUUUGUUAAUGGAACAUUUGGAAUGCCCUUUUAUAUGGAAUCCAUGUUGUAAUUCAAAAUUUUCAUAAAGUAUAGUAAAGUUGAUUCUAUUA